CGCUCAGCCGCGGGGAUGUGUGUUGUGCCCGUUAUGAAAGAUGAGUGGCUCUCGCGCAGUCCUAUUAGAUGGUGCUAAUUGACGUAGAUAAACUUUGUUUGUGAAUUUUCGUCAAGAUGAAGCCCACUGUGAUCGCGUUGUGCUUUCUGUGUCUCUUCCACGAUGGAGAGUCUAAAGGUCAACUGAAUGCGUCUAAGGAAAUUGGUGUCGAUGUGUCGAGUGGUUUGAGGACGUACCUUGUGAGGACUUCAUUACCCGGACGAUCAGUGACACCAUUUCGUGCGUACGGCAUACCAUCGGAUGCAACCUAUUUGCUCUUCCAAGCACACUCGCAAAAUGCACCUGUGACUAUUGCGUACAGUGCCAAGACACCUCCCGACACAACAGCGAGUGAUACGGGAACCAACACUGGCUUGGUUGUCAUGCUCAAAGCAUGGGAUACUGACAGCACCACCUACGUCCACAAUUCAAAUAUCGACAAUGUCACUGUGCUUCUCGUGGUGUCCUUGCACGGCUCGAAAGACCCUGUGCCAGGCGGCUGCAACAUGGAGUUCCCCGUUGAAGUGUCACCCUUUCUCCGACUCGUGAUGAAGACCACAGAACUGGCCGUGGAGUUUCAACAUGCCAGCGGCGGUGUGCCCCGUGAGGCCCAAGCACCUAAGUGCAGUCGGAACUUACCGUUUUUUCGUUACGAUUUGUAUGUCUACUACCUUGACCAGUGGGACCUCUCAGAAGAGCACUACCUGGAGGCCGUCUCUAAAAUGCUGGACCCUUCUUCAGUGAAAAGCAAUGCACACCAGGUGAAAGCUUACCGUGAAAACCCAAAGACCAGGGCGCUGUUCCUGACUUACCCCGGGGAAGGUGCAGUGUAUUCCGUAAUCGUGGAGCAGGUGACCUGGGAUGGCACAGUUCAUGAGGCUGCCUACGUGCCAGUUGCCACGUACGGCUGCUUGUGGUACUCACAGUCCCAAACGUGCCGGCGACUUGAGAGUGCCUGGAGUUUGGUGGUUGCACUGCUGUUAAGCCUUGCAGGCCUCAUCAUCUGCUUCAGGGGUCAUCGAUUCUUUUCGUUUCAGAUGUUCUUCUUUGGCUUCCUCGCAUUUUCUUUAAUAAGCUUUAUGGUCUUCAUUGCUAUAACAAGGGCGCCUGCACGUGAUGGACUCCUUGCUGCCUUGCUUGGAGGGGCGCUUGGUGGAUUGAUAUGGACGGCCGUCUGGUGGCUGUUUGCCAUCCCUGUACUGUCUAUAUCAUUGUCGGGACUCACCCUUGGUUUUCUGGUUGCUGCUACUCUUCUCUUCACCCCUCUAGGUGAAGUAGCAUUUCUUCAGAGCAGCCUGAGUUACUGGGUCUUCAUCAGCUGCUUUAUGCUGCUGCCAGCUCUGCUGUUGCUUCCACAGGCCAAGGUGUUGAGUGUGGUGUCUUGCUCCUUGGUUGGUGGCUACUGCACCAUCUUAGCAGCAGACCAGUACUUGGGCACAUCACUGUCCUAUGUGGUGCUGAAUGUUGUGCGACGAUCCUUGAUUCCGGGUGGCUACCAGGCCAGCAACACAGUUCCCUUCCAACUGAAUGACGUCCUGCUCUCCAUGACUUGGGCCGCGCUCUUCGCGCUGGGCACAGUGCUGCAACUAUGGUCCGAGCGUGGCAGGGCGCCCUUCCCCCAGUCGCCGUACCACAAGUGGAUACGAGAUCGCAGCUCUGCAGGCCAGCCUCUGUUGGCGACGACGCAGCUCCCUCCACCCACAUACGGCAGCAUAGUUGGCAAUGCGCCCCCCUAUGAACCACCGCCUAGCUACAACUCUUAUUGAUUAAGGCAAGGCUUUUCCUCAUAGGUGCUGUUGCAUCCUUCAUCGAAAGCCCGUAUCUCUAAAGCAUUCCUCCACUCAACACCCAACCACAAAUCAUGGGAUGUGGAGGGCAGCGCUGCUACUUGAGUGAAGUAGGCCCCGCACUUGAGCAAUGCUCGUCACUGGUUAACAUUUUAUUCUGGCGCUAAGCAUCAUCUUGAAGGCAUGGAAGUGAAAGUGCGCUUAUGUGGCAAGUUCUUCCCAUUAUAAUUGUGUAACAACAGUGUUGAAGCGUGGGCCAUCGUAGACCAGUUGCCCACCUCAAGGACUCGAGAAGAGAUCAAAUGAUCUUUUUCAUUUGCGGAUACGACAUUUAGCCUUUCCGGCGGGACGUGAAGAUACCACAGCAUAUGCCCGAGUGACAGAACACGUCGCCAUUACUUGUGUACUAUAUGGCUAUAUUUUACACUGCACUAGUCAGAACGGUUGCAAGUAUUUGUAUGUUUGUAAUGGAAUGAGUGUAGUCAAAUGUUUGAGACUCAUGAAAUAGUACUGUUGCAUGUAACACCACGCGAGCGCAUGGCCACCGGCACUGCAAAGUAGUAUCGUAGUGCUAAUAGUGACGUGAUUUCUAGUUAUUAGGAGAUGGUUUGGCUGUUCCUGCAAGUGCGCUUCGGCUCCAUUAGCUUUCAACAAUAAAUAACUUCAAAAGUAACAUUGUGGGUGGAAGCAAGCAAGUGAGGGCAAUGCACACUCGCAGGAAAAGCUUACUUCUCUCCCUAAUAACUAAAAAGUAUGCAAGGAUCAGCGCCACUGCAUAACUUUGUAGUGUGGUCAGCGUAUGGUGUCGCUCAUACAGAGCGCAAUAACCUUUACACCUUGCAGCUAUGAGGUGCCACCUUUUCUUAUCUCUCCCUGAGAAGGAGCUGGCUUAUCAUGUCGCAUGAAAAUUUAUGUGCCAGAUAAGAAUCGGAAUAUAAUUUUGAUCACAUUGUGUAUGGUGACAGUAAUAAUAUACUGUUUGUUGAUGCUGAUUACAUGACACUCAUCAUUUUUCUUGCCAAAUUCAGCCCGAAUUCUUUUCUUCCUUUGAGCUUUGUUCCACUCGUGUUUUUAAUAUGGAGUUGGGAAGUAGGGUCACCACACAACUGUUUGAUUAAGCAGGCAUGGCACCAAGAAGCUGUACCGUGUGUCUGGUGUGCACCUGAGACAAGCUGCAGUAGCUCAAUCUGUGGCCUCAUGCCUCCUGAUUUCCAAUGCUGAUGGAGAUAGUGUGACAGCAGAAGGCAUCUCAGAAUGACGCUCACUGUUUUCUUUUAUUUUUUUCUUGUCUUUACCGAAAACUCUUUGGGAUGAGCUAUAAUAAAAGUAUGCCUCUUGACAUUUCUAAA